AUGCAGCAAUGCAGCGAUGCUGGGAUAGCCUUGAAAGACCAGCUGGCCUUGAGAGGGGCUGUGGCGUUGCUCUUGUUGUCGUGUGGACCUGGCAGAUCUAGCGGUCAAACUCUUCAAGGGCUUUACCACGGCAGUACCUAA